CCAAAACCCUCAACCUCAUAGCUUCUUCUUCGUCUUCUUCUUCUUCUUAUACGUCGUCGUUUUGGGUCUUCUUGUUCUUCUUCUGUCUGAUUCCAUGUCAGAUGAAAUGUUUAAAGAUCUAUUUUUGUCGAGCCCUUUUGGAUACGGUGGGUUGGGUGAUUCAGAAACAGGCUUGGAUGAGUACGAGUCUCUAGCCAGAGCUUUUGAGCUGUCCUCGGAUUACUCGAAUGAAAUUUCGGGGACUCCCAUGAAUUCCUCCGCUUCCUUCUCCUCCUCUGAUGCUGGAGCUGACGAGGAUGAUUCCCUCAAAGACAAGGAUAAGCAGAUCAAAGACAUGGAUGACGGCGGAGAGAGCUCCAAGACCGCGGCUAAAUCAAAGAAGAAAGUAGAGAAGAAAGAAAGAGAGCCAAGAGUUGCUUUCAUGACCAAGAGCGAGGUCGAUCAUCUUGAAGAUGGGUAUCGAUGGAGAAAAUAUGGACAGAAGGCUGUCAAGAACAGCGCUUAUCCUAGGAGCUAUUACAGAUGCACGACGCAGAAAUGCGGAGUGAAGAAACGGGUGGAGAGAUCGUAUGAAGAUCCAUCCAUAGUAAUUACGACGUACGAAGGGCAACACAAUCACCCAAUUCCCGCGACGUUAAGGGGGAACCUGUCGGCAGUGAGCGGCGCGUUUCCGCCGUCCAUGUUGGCACCAAUGCCGGUGGUCGGUGGCGUGAGGUAUCUUCCACAGCUGAUGAACAACACUUCCGUCAACAACAACCAGCCCAUCGGAGGUGGUGACACCGUUUAUUCACAAAGCAGCAGCUUCAAUUAUCCUUAUAACGGACGGCAACAAGACUACGGACUUCUGCAGGACAUUUUUCCGACGGCGCCGCCGUUCUUGAACCGACAACCAUGAAUGAGGUUUUGAUGACAAUCUCAUGUCGUGUACAUAUGGUCUGAUUAUCGUUGUUGGGAUAAACAUAAAAACUGGCAAGAUCGAUCUUGCAUGCAUUUUACAUACAACAAUGGCGCCGUUUAGAUUUGGCGUUGUGAUCAGAGAUAGAAAUUAAAGUUUUGACAUUUGGCUC